UCACGAAUUGUCAUAAGCAGGCUCACCAAUUAUUUGAUUUAUUGAUUUUUCACCAUUUUCACGACCUGUGUGGAAGCAAUCGCCACUUCAGUUAUGUCGGGGCGUGGUGGUACUUUGCUUUACGCCUUGCUUUUUGUUUUCCAACCACCCAACUACCCAGCCAUUCAAUCGCACAACACACUUGAGCGUUAUCAGACUUGUACAUCCGCACAAAUUUAGCGCAGUCAAACAAUUACACACACACUAUACAUAUAUUUGCGCACACAGAUACACACACAUAUGAAAGUGGUUUAACAAAUGUGCUCAUUCGCUUUGUAGUCGCGCAAGCAAGACCGUAGUGUGUAGAUACAAAAAAUUUUAAACCUGCACAAAGGAUACGCUUUUCAACAAAGAAAUACUCACAAAAUUUCAUCGGGAAAUUGUAAAAGCUUUAUUUUAUUUAAAAAAAAUAUAUAUAUUAAGUAAAUUUCUGUGGGAAUAAUAAAUCGAUUUGAAAUGCGCGCACAUUUUGCUGGUGAUGUUGCCAUAGUUGAGGCACCAAAAGAUGCUGCUGACGAUAGCAUUGAUAAAAUUGAGGCCGAGGCGGAACCGUUGGAUGCACGUAUCGAUGAAUUCAAACUGGACACCAAGAAUAUGGAAGUCGUCUCAGAGUUUAUAGACGAUGUGCUACAAAAAGCCGAGACAGAGGCGGAAAAGCAGCAGGAUGCGAAAAGUGACAAAGCUUCGCAACAGCAGCCAAAGGAGAAAACGCGUCAGAGUUUUACUAUACCAGAUUUCAAGAACGGUAAGAUGGUGAACCGCGCGCGCGGUUUGGUGGUACGUCUAUUCGAUGCUAUCUGCAAUUGCGCCAACACGGCUGCGGGACCGGCGCAACGCAUAAAGUUGCGCGCCAAGCGUGCAGCCUCAGUAGCCACAGCGCCAGCCACGGAGAAUGGCACAGAGGGUAAAAAGCACGAGGUGAAUGGCAAGGAGAAGAAGAGCGACAAGAAGCAGAAAGAUGCCGGCAAGACACCGAAAGGCGAAGCUGUCGAGGAAGCUGCCGCCGCAACUGCAGCAGCUGAAGAGGAGCCAAAGCAAGCGGAAGCUGAUGAGCCAGAUAAGCAGCAGGAGCUAGCAACUGAUAAGCAGUAAUUUGCGCAAUUGUGCGGUUAAUGCGUGUGAGUAAUGAGUAAACAUUGCCAAUAAUUUAAUUUCGAUUGCUUUAAGGAGUGAGUUCGAACGUUGCAUAAUGUGCGUUGGGCGGAAAAGUCGCAUUCGCUGUGGUGGGGGCGUACCGUACUUUUGAGUGGUACGCAUUUAAAGCUUAGCAGAAAGCAUUUAAUAUAUGACUGUAAACGGAAAGUUGUUGCAAAAAUAAUAAUUUUAAAUGAAAGUCAAUUUCGUAGCAUUUAUGUGUUUAGGCAUACAGAGCCAUGCUCAUAUAUAAUACAAGAUAUGUAUGUUUGUAAGAAGAGCAUAUGUAUAUACCUAUACUAUUGUACUACCACACCUUCCAUUUAUAAAAGCUCACCACCAAACGAAUUCGACUUGCCGAUCCACCCAAACGGCUAACAGCAAGAACUCACGCCGCUAUAAUCUAUAUGUAAUUGCCGUACUUACUAAGUAAAAUAACAUAAAGGAAACAGCUUAGAACCACUCAAUGGUUUUCCAAGCUCAAGUGCAGCUCAAAUGUUGUAUUUAAUUUGCACAACUAUAUAAAUAAACAAUAAAAAACGCUUAACAACCAUUAAAAUCAUAAUAAUAAUAUUAAAGCUCAAUCGAUGUCAUUAAAAUCACAUACCUUUAUAGCAUACCCAUUUAAGCCAUGCCCACAUUUCGACCGUUUAUUGACAAAGCUACCACCGCUCAAAAGAGACUUUUUUCUCAAAACUCUAUAUACAAGUAUUAGUAAUCAAGUAGUUAUUGCAUUGGCUGAGUAGCGUUUGUUUCCAAAUGAAACACGACUUAGAAGUGACUUAUCAAAAAUAAUGGUCGUACGGCUUGAAAGCUAUACAAAAUGAGGUAUUCAUAUUAUAGAACUAGAAAAGUGGUUGUUCCAAUCGAAAAAAGCUCAAAUGAAACUUUUUACCGAUCAUUAGAAACUGUUUUGAGGUUUGAAAAGCUUUUUUGUUUGCUUUUUUGUCUUACAUGUUAUAAUAAUUCCUUCACAAGCAUAGCCUUUGAGUCUUUAAAUAAAAAAGAGUGAGAAGAGUGGGGUGAGAGUGAGAGAGUUAUGACAGCAGAAAAGCGAGCUAUGACAGUUUAGUUAUAAAAGCUCGUCCACGAAAACUCAAUGAAAAAUAUUUAUAACGGUGAAGAGUUAAGAUUAUUAGAAACUUUUUAGAGGUUUGAAAACUUUUUGUUUGAAAAGAGAAGCUUUGGCAAUCUAGCUACAAUAGCUUGUUCAAGAAAUCUCAAUGAAAAAUUUUUAAAAUGAUGAGGAGCUAAGAUCAUUAGAGACUCUUUGCAGGUUUGAGAAGCUUUUUUGUCACAUGCUUACUCCUUGAAUGAGAGUAAAACAGAAAGUUAUCAUAGCAGAAAUAAAGGCUUUGGCAAGUUAGCUAUAAAAGCUGCAAAAAGCUCAAUGGAAAAUAUUUUCGACGCUGAUGAGCGUGUAAUUAUGUUAUUUUGCUGUUGUUUCAACUAGCAUUAAUAUGUGUCUAUUUAAAUUAUCGAGCGUUUAACGGUAAUUAAAACAAAAAGCUCAUAAUAAAGCUUUUUAACAUGCUAAGUCAUUUGCUGUGGUUGUAUUUUAAUUAAAUGCUGUUCAGACAUUUGUGUUUCGCAAAAAUUGCUACUUUUUUGGAAAGUACAUAAUCCAAAGUACUUAUCUAGGUUUCAAAAUCUUCUUCGGUAAAAAAAAUAUUGAACUAUUUUAAAAUAUAACCAAAAUAUAUAUCUGUAUAAAUUUGGAAACAAACAGCAUAUCAAAAACUACGACCAACAAAUAUCCACCUAACUGAUUUUUACCUAUUACCACAAUUUUUAUAUCUAACGGUUUAUUAACCAACUUACAUACAUACAUCUAUCUAAUGAGGGAAUUAAAAGAGCACACAAUCAAUGUAUUUUCUAACUAAUAAACUUCUUAUACAUGCAUACAUAUUUACAUGCCUACAUAUAUAUAAUCUCAAUCUAAUAUAUUUACUAGUUAAGUGAUAAUUACUAAUUAAUUACAUACAAUUAGCGGAUAUGAAAUAAAUCGGUGUAAAUGUUGUAUGUAGUUAACAUAUAACACUUGAUGUGACUUUAUGUGUGUGUAUGUAAUAUUGAUAAUAAAACUAGUUAGAUUUGAGCAUUCAUAUGAAACAUAUAUAGUAUACCAUAUACAUAUGUUUUUGUAUGUAUGCGAACAUAACCUAAAUUACAAAAUUGCGUCUAACAAAACCCCAAUGUGUACUGAUUUUAUGAAAGCCACUUAAUUUAUGUGAUUAAUUUUUUGUACCGGCUUAAAUAAGACACUGUACUAUUACAGUGUGCACACUCACAUACAAAUGAAUAUACGUAUAAAUGUAUAGGUUAUAAAAAAGGCGAAACAACUGCAAAAAUUUUCACUUUAAGAACAGUAGUCUGAGUAGAUGUUAUGCAAAAUUUACACUGAAAAAAACUGGUAACAAAUUUUUAAUUAAUGAAAAAAAACAAAAAAAUUUUGUAAGGCGAAAUUUUUGGGACAGACUUAAAGAAAUAAUCAUGUUGUAUAACUUCUUUAUAAAUGUGCAUAUAUGUAUGUAUUAUGCUAAAAACCAAAAGUUUCGGUAAAUUUUUUAUUUUGUACUCUGCAUAUAUAAACUUUAAUGCCUAAUAACAAUAAAAUAUUUUAAUAAGCAUUGGUCUACGGUUUGUGCUUAAAUGCUACCCAAUAUUUUAAUAAUUUGUAUCUAAAAACAAGAACAACAACAAAUAUAUUGUUCGUUGUAUAUUUUAGUCCUAUGUGUCCUUAAAGUUGUUAAGUUUGCUAAAUGAAUUAUUUUUGUUGCGAAUCCCUGUGAUUAAAUGCCUGAGAAUUAUAUUGUUAUGUGCUAAUAAAAAUAAAAAUAAUAAAGUUUAACAUUAAAAAAAAUAUAAAUGCUUAUUUAAGCUUAUUUCAUAUCAUACUUUGUUAAAAAACUAAUAUUUUGAAUUUUUUAUGCCAAGCGUAUAAUUGCAAGUGGUAAAUGCUUAAUUGAACUCUCUAACCAUGAUCUCUAAGCAGUUUUUUAUACUUUAAUUAAAUUUUUUUUCUUUAAUUUUUCUCAACAAUUGCAAGUAAUUGAAAUUAUUAUUUUCCAAGACGUUUGUUUACUUUUAUUUUUUUUUCAAAUCUUACAAUUAAAAUAACAAUAAAACUAUAAUAUGACUUACGUAUAUGGAAUUGGUGUAGUAUUUUAUAACAAAAAAAUAUAAGCAAAAUAUAAAACUGUAAGCAAUGUUUCAUGAAAGGCAUAUAAAUAAAUCUAAAUUGUUGUAAUAACAUAUUUCUAAAAUAAAAUAUGCAAUAAAUUUCAAAUAAAUGUAAACACAAUGUUCGAAUUACUCUCCAAUAGUUUAUGAUAAGUUCUGGUGAGUAUGCAAAUACUUCUACUAUACAUCAUGGGUGUUCUACUUUCCCUCUUACGUGAAGACUCUA